AUGUCGGCUGCUUCUCAUCUGCAUGACGCAUUAAACAGGGAACACGUCGAUAUCUGUGGAAUAGCGGAGCACUGGCUUUUCGAAGAAAAUAGGCACCUAUUUUGUAGUAUUCAUAAAGACUACGAGUCGAUAGCCAUAUCUGACUUUUCCCUACAUCCGUUUGCGGAUAAACGAUCUCGUAAAGGCGGUGUUGCUAUAAUGUGGCACAAAAGACUUAACGAUCGUGUGUCUGUCGUGGAGUCUGAUGACGACAGGAUCGCCAUUAUUAAGCUUGUCACGGACAGUGAUAUUCUUUAUUUCAUCCAGGUUUAUCUUCCUACUUCUCGGUAUGGCGUGGAUAUAUUUACGGAUUAUGUUGAGAAACUUGAUGACUUGUGCACAACUUUUUCCCUUGAAGGAUCAGUAAUUCUCAUGGGAGAUUUCAAUGCUCGCCUAAGCGGUCCACGUAUCCCUAAUUAUCAAAACCAGCGUGGUCAGUCGCUCCAGAGACUCAUUGACCGGCAUCAGUUGUGCGCGUUGUCAACAGCUGAUAUAUGUGUCGGUCCGUUGCACUCGUAUGUUCAUUCGGAGGAUGGAUCGUCGUCCCUUAUAGACCACAUUAUCAUCAACUCGUCAAAAGUUGAUCUCGUCUGGGAAUGCGCUGUACUAGAUCGUGACUUCCUUGAUGUUUCGAACCACAGGCCUUUGUUAUGCGAGCUACACAUUCCUCUUCCUGUUCCUAGGGAAACGUGUUGUAAUACUCUGACGCGAGUCUCUUAUAAGUGGAUUACUUCUGGAGAUUCUAAGAAUGUUGAUGUUUAUCGCGAUAGCCUGGAUGAAUGCAUCAGUAACUCGUCGUUAGUGAACAUGCAAGAGCUUUGUUCUGAGGACGAUGUUGAGAAUUACACCAACGAGCUUGUGAAUUGCAUUCAGCGGACUUCAGAACGUGUGUUACCGAAGCGUAAAUUCUGUAGAUUCCUUAAACCGUACUGGAAUAAUCAUCUAAAGGAACUCCAUCGUAAUAUGUGGCGGUUGCGUCUGGAAUGGAUCUCUCAAGGACGACCUCGGGACCCCCUCUCCAAUACCUUUAGGCUCUAUAAAAAUGCAAAGUGCCUAUUUAGGAAAAGACAUCGUCAGGUAUCAGAAGACCAUAUUGUAAACCUCAACAACGACAUUGAGAAAUGUGCGGAUGUAAAUCAAAAAUCGUUUUGGUCUCUCAUCAAAAGUCGCUGUAAGUCAUCCUCGGGUGCUGUUGGCGCUGAAAUGAACUUUAGCGGGAGGGUCAUUAGAGACCCUGCUCUUCUAGCCAUACAUUGGGGUGAAUAUUUUGAAGACAUAUAUUCCCAGUCGUCUCUUAAUGACUUUGAUGCUAAUUUUGCAGACCAAAUCAAUACAUCUGUUGCCAAUAUUCUAUCCAAUCAUAUAGUAAACAAUGAAUGUUUUGUUGAAAUUUCUAUGUCUGACGUUAAAAAGGUCUGUAAAAGUUUACCACAAGGUAAAGCAGCUGGGCACGAUCAAAUUGUGUACGAGCAUUUACUCUAUGCCCACGACACUGUGUACAACUGUUUUUCAGAGCGACACAUCUACAGUCCAGAGCUACACAACUACGGUCCAGAGCUAAACAACUAUAGUCUAAAACUACACAACUAUAGUCCAGAGCUACACAACUACAGUCCAGAGCUACACAACUUUAGUCAAGAGCUAGACAACUACAGUCCAGAGCUACACAACAACAGUCCAAAGCUACACAACUACAGUCCAGAGCUACACAACUACAUGUAA